AUGUUCAAGGAGAAUCCGUGGAAAGUGCAGAUUCUCCUCGAUCAAAAUAUUCUCCACCCGGGCCAAAAGUUGAGUGGAAAUGUUAUCCUUGAUUUGGAACGGCCUCUAAAUUGCAAUCGAAUUGAGGUUCAGCUAUUUGGAAGUGCAAGGGUUUUCUUUGUCGAGAAGAUUGUAAGUUUUGAAAAAAUAAAAAAAAACUGUUAAAAGUGGUCCAUUUAGGCCUAAAUUAAUUUAAUUUGCAGUCCAAACCAGGUGCUUUAAUCCAAAGCAAAUCCUAUGAACAGCAGAUUAUUCUUGUCAAUGAGACCAAGAGCGUAUUUGAUGACGGCUCAAAGCCACAGACUGAAAUUACUGUAAGUUUAUUGUACUAUUACAAUUAAUUAAAAUUCAGUCAAUAUUUAAAAUUUGUUUUUAGUGGGAAGAGAUCGCGAGGAAAGUGAGCCCGACCGCCAUCAGAUUACCCACAGAAACGGGAAGCCAGAUCAAAGCUGGAAAACAUGAAUUUAAAUUCGAGUUCGACCUCCCGGCCGCGGGAUUGUAUACAUCUUUCGAUGCCAAGGGAUCUGCUGGAUACGUUCGAUACUAUAUUUUGGUAAAGGCACACAAAUUAUCUCAUCAAAAAAUAAUUUGCAGGUAAAAUGCUACAAUGGAACGGCGGUGAUUCGACGACAGAAGCAUCUCUUCCCGGUCGUUGUACCUAAGGUGUUAACUUUGCAACCCGACUCUCAGAUUACUGUAGAUGAAAUGAAGAAGACCUCGAAGGGAGUUGUAAUGACUAAAAUACAAUUAACAAAGACCAAUUUCUUGCCGGGCGAAGCUGUUAAGGGAGUCAUAACAAUCAAUAAUAAGUAAGCUUUGGAUAAAAUAUAAAAUACUUUAUGUUACAGUACCUCCGUAUCCGUAAAAAAAGCUCUUCUGUAUAUAAAUCAAGAAACGAUUUGCUAUUCCUUAAAACCAGAAGUGCAAUUCCGUGAGAGUUAUUACAAUACCCCCGGGAUGGGACUCCCGGAGCCAAAGAUUACCGCAGGAAAAUCGUUACAGUAUCCCAUCCGCUUUAAUGUCCCGGCUUUGGUCCCCAAUUUGAAUAUAAGUGGAUGUAUUCAGAUGCAAUACCACCUUAAUUUAGAUGUUGGAUUUGAUCGGGAAAUCCACAAAAACCCGUUGAUUCAGUUGAAAGUAAGAUCAAGAUGAGUUUUAAUUAGGUCUUAGAUACCCAUUGAGAUCGGCACUCAUAUCACAGCCGAUGCCCCACCCGCAUAUGACUGCCUUGACACGAAUCUUGGAGAUGGUGAGUGAUAAUCCAGAUUCUUACGACCUCUUGCAGCUCCUCCUUCUUAUCAGGAAUCAAUUUCUGGUCUGACCGAAGCCUUGGAGGCCGAAUUCAGCAGUCAAUACAACCCCGUUUGUUACUUUUACAGUAACAGGGGAUUUGAAAAAGAAGAAAACGAAAAGAAAAAUGAGUGA